CUUUUAUUGAAUUAAAAAGGCUACCACCGAAUGUGCAAGUAUGAUCACUAACGGCAGUACACGUGCCAACGACACUAACGCUACAGAAGCCGUUGUCUAUAUAGAGGCAACAAUAGCUGAAGGACUAUGGGUAUACUGCGCACCACUGAUCAUAAUUCUCGGUACAAUAGGAAACACUUUAGCUCUUAUCAUACUUACAAGGAAGAACAUGCGAAAGAGCACAUCCAGUGUUUACCUUAGUGUUCUAGCUGUGGUGGACACAAUGGCGCUUUACACUGGCCUGUUGCGAUAUUGGAUCAUUUACAUUUCUGACGUAGACAUACGAGAUAUAACACUUGGUGGGUGCAAGGUACAUAUAUUUAUAGUUUACUAUACGGUGCAUCUGUCAGCGUGGAUCUUAGUUGUGGUUACUUCUGAAAGAUUAAUAACCAUCUAUGUUCCAGACAGAGCUUGUUCUAAUCACCUCACCACACCUAUUGUUAUUUGCGUUCUAUUUUCUGUUUUCUUCGUCGUCAACCUUCACUUCUUCUGGACAUUCGGGGACACUAGAAUAAACAAUGAAGGUGAAAAGGUAGUUAGAUGUAUUGUUGCCAAUGAUAAAUAUGCGGAUUUCAUAUUGCACACAUGGUCAUGGCUGGACACGUGGAUAGCUUCCUUCAUCCCGUUCAUCAUUAUGUUCGUCAGUAACGUCCUCAUCAUCAUUAAGGUUGUUUUCUGGAACAAAAAUUGGAAAACGGCGAAGGAAUGUAAAAUGACCACGUUGACGGCAAUGUUACUCACAGUGAAUUUUGUUUUCAUUAUCUGCACGGCCCCUAUCGUUAUCUACCUGAAUUUCUACACAAAGUGGUACUCGGAUAAGGAUGAUGAGCUACAAACGGCUAAAUCCGAACUCCACUGGGCUGUUUGUAACCUGUUGCAGUAUAUUAACAAUGCCAUUAAUUUUCUCCUUUAUUGCGUUUCUGGAAAAAGUUUCCGGCGAGAGUUAUCAGGAUUGUGGUGUUGGAAGAAAAACCAAGUUGCCCAGGCACCUCACUCCAACAUUACCAGCCACAAUGAGGAGACUGUAGCAUGAAUUGCUUUAAUAACAGUGUAACGGUCCGGUCAAGACUGGGGUCAAAGUUAGACCGUUCCAAGAACACCCGCCUCGGUUCACAACAGGAUGCUAAUACCUCGAGUUAGCAUCAUCCAAGAUGGUGGGCAAAGUCUUAGUUUCAUCACUGCCAAAAAUGCAGUUUUCUUUCUCCGAUUUCGGAAAUAUUUGAGCAUUGCUUUGGAGUUGCUCACAAUCGGAACUCCAUAAGUUUGCAUCACAAAAUAUUUGGAAUCCUGAUUUUAGUUGGUUUAGUUUAAAUCGAAGGUUUAUCGAUAUCGAACGAAUUUUGUCCACCACCUUGAUAUUAAUUCAAGUAAGUUUUAUCCUGCUGUGGGCCAGUGGGUCGAAAUGGACAGAUCAUGAUCAGUAAAUGUGACUCCCCAUGAAAUUAUAUAUUUGGUAUUUUGUUCUAAGUAUUUCAGUGAUUCGUCGAUGCUAACAUCAAUCCCUCGAAUAAAUAUGGCAUACAUGGG